UAGCCUUCUUGUCUGUCCCCUCUUCACGUGUACGCGUAAAUUCAUUCAAAAGCCUAAGAAGCUUCCUUCUUUCGUUCAAACAUCCAUCUGAUCAUUAUACCCUUACCGAUCAAGGCCAUCGGAAGAAGAUGGAUGACUAUGAUGAAUUCGGUAAUUAUAUUGGAGUCUUGUCAGAUUCAGAUGAUGACUCUGAUAUCGGUCAAGAUGAGCAGGAAGCAUCCACUUCAGCCAUGGGAACAAGGCAAGAAGAGUAUGAAGAGCCAGCCCCACUAGAAGGAUACGAUGAUGAAAGUGAUGAAGAUGAAGAGGCAAAUAUAGCCCGAAUGAGAAGAGUGGAACAAGCAGGUAUGCAGCUAAUGCAAGUCGAUGAAUCUUCACAAAAUGCAGUCGUUCUACAUGAAGACAAGAAAUAUUAUCCUAGCGCAAAUGAGGUAUAUGGCGACGAAGUGGAAACAUUGGUACAAGAAGAAGAUGCACAACCAAUCAGCCAGCCGAUCGUAGAACCAGUCAAGAUGCGAAAAUUCGCCAUCGAGGAAGCUGGAUUACCAGAAACACGAUUCGAGAGAAGCUUUAUGAUGAACUUGAUGAAUUUUCCAGAGAUGGUUCGUAAUGUGGCGAUUUGUGGACAUCUACAUCAUGGGAAGACGUGUUUGCUGGAUAUGCUACUUUUAGAAACUCACAAGAUGGAUCACGAUGUCGAUAAGCACAUGCGCUAUACAGAUUCACAUCUCCUAGAACGAAGUAGAGGAAUCUCGAUCAAAUCAUCGCCUCUUUCGCUUGUUAUGACUUCAACAAAAUCAAAGUCAUAUCUCUUGAAUCUGAUAGAUACCCCAGGUCAUCCUAACUUUCAGGAUGAGGUUGCUGCAGGUAUUCGAAUGGCUGAUGGUGUUGUUUUGGUCGUCGAUGUUGUGGAGGGAGUAAUGGUGAAUACCGAAGCUAUCGUCAAACAUGCAAUACGCGAAGGCCUACCGAUUGUUAUGGUUCUCAAUAAGAUCGAUCGACUCAUCUUGGAACUUAGAUUGCCGCCAAAUGAUGCAUACUACAAGAUACGGCAGACGAUCGAUGAAGUUAACAACUUGAUCGCACAACAUGAUCGGGAUCCAGCUCGAAAGUUAGGUCCUGAAAGAGGGAACGUCGCGUUUGCUAGCACAGAGAUGGGAUGGUGCUUUACUCUGAGAAGCUUCGCAAAGCUAUACUCGGAUACAUACGGAGGUAUCGAUAUCGAUCAAUUCAGCAAACGAUUGUGGGGCAAUAUCUUCUAUUCGGCAGAAUCGCGUAAUUUCAGUCGAAAGGGUGCCGAUGCUGAGAGCAAGAGAAGUUUUGUGCAAUUCAUCUUGGAACCGCUAUACAAGAUUUAUACACAAGUACUUUCCAGUGAUACAGAUAAACUACGAAAAACUCUCGCCAGCCUUGGCAUUCAUCUAAAACCAGCAGCAUACAAGAUCGACGUACGUCCUUUGCUAAAGUUGGUUCUAAAGCACUUCUUUGGUGAUAGUGCCGGCUUGGUUGAUUUGAUGGUGAACCACAUUCCUUCCCCGAAAGAAGGGGCACAGAAAAAGAUUGAUCGGAUAUGGACAGGUCCAAAGGAGGGCGGCUUGUACGGUUCUAUGCGUAAUUGCAAUGCGGAUGGUCCGUUGAUCGUAUCCGUUGCGAAAUUAUACCAAACCACAGAUGCUCAAGAGUUCAGAGCGUUUGGCCGUGUAUUGAGCGGGACGGUCAAGAUUGGUGAUCGGGUUCGUGUGCUGGGUGAAGGAUUCUCGCAAGAUGACGAUGAAGAUUCCAUAUUGGCUAACGUAGAGGGUGUGUGGAUCAAUGAAUCACGCUACAAUGUUGAAUCUGACAGUGUUCCAGCAGGAUGCUGGGUAAGCUUGAAAGGUGUGGACGCGAACAUCACCAAAACGGGUACAAUCGUGGACGCAUCGAUUGAAACAGAUGAGCUUCAUAUCAUAGCGCCUUUAUCUCACAUGACUCAACCUGUUCUCAAAGUAUCGGUGGAGCCUCUUGUGCCUUCCGAGCUACCAAAAAUGCUUGAAGGCUUGAGAAAGAUCAACAAAAGCUAUCCUCUCGCAGUGACAAAGGUAGAGGAAAGUGGUGAGCACGUUAUUUUGGGUACCGGAGAGCUGUAUCUGGAUUGCGUUUUACACGAUUUACGAAAGCUCUUCUCCGAAAUUGAGAUCAAGGUGAGCGAUCCUGUUGUUCGCUUUGCCGAAACGGUUGUGGAAACAAGUGCGGUAAAAUGUUUCGCCGUUACGCCAAACAAGAAGAACAAAUUGACAAUCAUUGCUGAACCUUUGGAGAAAGGUAUCGCAGAAGAUAUCGAAUCGGGAAGAUUGGAUAUACAUAUGCCACCUAAAGAAUUAGGAAAACUUCUUCAAGAGAAGUAUGGAUGGGAUCUUUUGGCUUCUAGGUCUGUUUGGGCAUUUGGACCAAGUGAUGAUGGACCAAAUAUCCUUGUUGACGACACUUUACCGUCGGAGGUGGAUAAGAAAUUACUUUAUACUGUGAGGCAAACGAUCAAGCAAGGUUUUCAAUGGGCAACCCGUGAAGGUCCAUUGGCAGAUGAACCGGUCAGAAAUGUCAAGUUCCGCAUCUUGGACGCACAAUUGGCUCCUGAACCUAUAAACAGAGGCAGCGGUCAAUUGAUCCCAACAGCCAGAAGAACAUGCUAUGCAGCACUUCUACUCGCAACACCUCGAUUGAUGGAACCGAUCUAUUAUGUUGAGGUACAAGCACCUGCUGAUUGCGUGGCUGCAGUGUAUACUGUUCUAGCACGCAGACGUGGUCAUGUAACACAAGAUGUUCCUAAACCCGGUACUCCAUUGUUCAUCGUUCGUGCUUAUAUACCUGUUUUAGAUGCAAAUGGAUUCGAAACAGAUCUACGAACUCAUACCCAGGGCCAAGCAUUUUGUCUGCAAGUAUUCUCACAUUAUUCGGUUGUGCCAGGGGAUCCUUUGGAUACUGAUGUGAAAUUACGACCUUUAGAACCUGCACCACCGCUCGGAUUGGCAAGGGAUGUGAUGUUAAAGACUAGAAGGAGAAAAGGUUUGGCUGAUCAAGUUACUUUGGCUUCUUAUUUGGAUCCUGAAUUGGCAGUCGCUCUUGCUGCCAAUGGAUUUGACUUGAAUUGAAGGAUUUUCAUGAAGUUGUAUUAUCUUAUUUGUAACAUAGAUUAAAAUAGAAUAGCAUUACUCUUGG